GGAACCUUUAUAAAUAGCCGUCCAAAACGUAGGACAUCAGGCAUAAUCUCUGGAUCCAAACGCUCAUCUUUCCCCGGUAAGUUGCUUAACAUUCUUAAAGUUUCCAUGCAAGAGAAUCUAAAGUUUUUAAGUUGAAAUAUUUUGGUGGCUUUGCUGUUAUUUUUCUGUAGGUCUCUCAGAGGUGCGUAGAGUUGAUAUUAACUUGCAAGUCUGGUUUAGCGCCAUGGCUGCUUAGAACAGGGGUAGGGAAUGUCGUGAUGUUCUUCAUGUGUUUUUAACUACAUCAUCCCUGAUCGCAGACCGACAUGAUCAGGCGGACUGGUGGGAACUGUAGUGCAAAGCACCCGGAGGUUGUGACAUUGACUGCCCCUGGCUUAUAAAGUUGUCUGCAAUGGAGCCUUUUCUGGCACAGAGCUUAAACAAGAGAGUAAAGGCUUUAUGGACUGUAUUCCUGAGUGUGAAGCUGGUGUUAAAAGCCACAGCGGUGCAGUGAGGAUGGGGCAAAGGGAGGAGGCUCAUAACUGAUCUCUUAGCCCUGAGAAUGCUGUUUGAACAUGCCCAGACGGCAUGCUUUUCUUGUGAUGUUCUUCAUUUAUGGAGCAUGGAACACUGCCCAUGGAGACAUCUGGCGCUGUAUAAUCUCCAGAGUAAUUUAAGUUCAGUUCCAAGAUGGCUUGUUUAUUGCACAUUUAUUGAGCCUCCGUCUUGAUUUGUUUGUGCAAAGUUUGUGGGGAGGUCACUUGAAUUAGAGCACGGGUGAACAAUGUAGUGCCCUAUAGAUCAGGCAUAGGCAAACCCAGCCCUCCAGAUCUUUUGAGACUACAAUUCCCAUCAUCCCUGACCAAUGGUCCUGUUAGCUAGGGAUGAUGGGAGUUGUAGUACCAAAACAUCUGGAGGGCCGAGUUUGCCUAUGGCUGCUAUAGAUGCUGUUGGACCCACAGCUCCCAUCACCCCUAACCAUGCUUGCUAGGACUGCUGGGAGUUUUAGUCCACAGUAUAUGGACGGCACUAUGUUGGCCUGUGAUCAUUCUAGAGCAGGCUUCCUCAAUCUUGGCCCUCCAGAUGUUUUUGGCCUACAACUCCCAUGAUCCCUAGCUAGCAGGACCAGUGGUCAGGGAUAAUGGAAGUUGUAGUCUCAAAACAUCUGAAGGGCCGAGGUUGAGGAAGCCUGUUCUAGAGGCUCUAAGGUUGUCAGAAUCUGAACUGUGACCUGCAGCUGUGCCUUUAAAAGGGGCUUGAUUUGCAGUCCUUAAUAUGUAGCAAUCAUUAUCUCCAUGCCCCUCCACACAGGAAGCAGGCUUUUCCUGUUGAUUUCUCCACACUGAGCCAAUAUAUGAAGCCAGGCAUAGGCAAACUAGGCCCUCCAGAUGUUUUGAGACUACAAUUCCCAUCAUCCCUGACCACUGGUCCUGUUAGCUAGGGAUGAUGGGAGUUGUAGUCCCAAAACAUCUGGAGGGCUGAGGUUUGCCUAUGCCUGUAUUAAGCCAAGGGUUGGGGAAACAUUUUCUUUCUUAACCUCAAGGGUGGUCACUGGGCAACCUUCCGGGUACCGCAUGCCAGUGAUAGGAGAAACACAUGGAGCAGUGAAUUUAAGCUUCACCUCUGUACACUAGGCUACUUCUGCACAUGCUCACACAUUCCUCCGCAUUCCCUCCAACAUUUAUCUGCUGAAAAUAGGGGUGUCCUAUUCAAUAAUAAUAAUAAUAAUAAUACUAAUAAGAUUUAUACCCCGCCUAUCUGACUAGGUUGCCCCAGCCACUCUGGGCAGCUUGCAACAUACAAAAUAAUAAUAAAAAAUAUUAAAUGACUUCCCUAUAUAGGGCUGGGACGUGGGUGGCGCUGUGGGUUAAACCACAGAGUCUAGAACUUGCCGAUCAGAAGGUCGGCUGUUCGAAUCCCCACGACGGGGUUAGCUCCCAUUGCUCAGUCCCUGCUCCUGCCAACCUAGCAGUUCGAAAGCACGUCAAAGUGAAAGUAGAUAAAUAGGUACCGCUCCAGCAGGAAGGUAAACAGUGUUUCCGUGCACUGCUCUGGUUCGGCAGAAGCGGCUUAGUCAUGCUGGCCACAUGACUCAGAACCUGUAUACCGGCUCCCUCGGCCAAUAAAGCGAGAUGAGCGCCGCAACCCCAGAGUCGGCCACAACUGGACCUAAUGGUCAGGGGUCCCUCUACCUUUACCUUUAAAUGAGAAUAUGAGAGAAGAGAAAAGAAAACAUAUAAUCAUGACCAUUCCGUACAGCAUUUUAAAAAAAGCAGUCCCCACCCACUGGUAGCAAAGUAAUAAAAAAGUAAACUGCAUUCUUACCCACUAGCCAGUAGAGAAAAAUAAAAGCUCAGACACCAACACCUCCCUUCCUAGCAAUGGAAUCCCCAGCACAGAAAUCAUUUAUUUAACACUAGCGGAGAGAGCCAGGAGCCAGAUAAGGAGGCCUGGAAGAUCACUUGAGGUUUCACACCCUUGCGUUCGGCAGAAGAUGAGGCCUGGCUUGGGGUUGUCCCCCCCCACCCCCGCUGCCCGGUCAGUUGGCAACCCAAAGAAGUUAAAGAGCUAAGCAGAAUGUGUGGCUACUUUUCAUCAUGAAGAGGGGGGCAUGUGUGUGUGUGUCCAUGUCCUACAAUAAUAGAUCCAUUAGGGCCGGUUGCACCUGUUUGGACAUUCCCAGCUGCUUAGGAUGACUACCUUAUCUAGGGCUCUUUUGUGGGGGGCAGACGCCUGCCUUUCUGUCUCUACCUCCCCGGCAUUCAGUCUCAAACUUGAAAGCGGAGCCAUCCAGGUAGAGGAUGGUGCCUGUCAGGACCGAUUUGGAGACGUCUGUUUCCGUGGCAACGUCCCAAUUAGGCCUUAAAAAGGAAGGAAUGGGGUUGCGCUUUGAUCUCUCUCUCUUCCCUGGAGAAAGCCGGGAUGCAAAUGAGAGAGAGUCUUGCGCAUGUUGAAACUCGCAUGCGACAGAGGCCUCAGGCUUCUGGCUGGCUGGCAAGGAAAUCUUUUCUCGCUCUUGAUACGCUUCUCAUUGGUUUCCAGGUCUUUCCGGCUUUCUUACACCAUGGUGGCAACUGCUUAGCUGGGAUGGGAGUCCUUUCACAGUGGCAUGUGCCUCUUAGCCGCAAGUGGCAUGUGCACUAUAACUCUAAGGCACAUUUGAAGCACAUCCUUUCCCUCAAGGAAUUCUGUGGUUUUGUUGAGGGUUUCUGCUGGGAAGGGUAACUCGGUGACAGGAAAACUACAGUGCCCAGAAUUCUCUGAGGGAAUGAAUGUGCUUCGAAUGUGCCUUAAAGGUAUCGUGUGUACGCAGCCUCAGUAGCCCACAGGCAAGAAGCCUGUAAAGGGGGGGCAGGGAGAUGAGGCAGAGAUAAAAAUAAAAAUUUAUUUAUACCCCGCCCACCUGGCUGAGCUUCCCCAGCCACUCUGGGCAGCUUCCAACCAAAUAUUAAAAUACAGUAAUACAUCAAACAUUAAAAGCUUCCCUAAACAGGGCUGCCUUCAGAUGUCUUCUAAAUGUCAGAUAGUUGUUUAUCUCUUUGACAUCUGAUGGGAGGGCAUUCCACAGGGUGGGUACCACUACCGAGAAGGCCCUCUGCCUGGUUCCCUGUAACUUGGCUUCUCAUAGCGAGGGAACCGCCAGAAGGCCCUCGGCGCUGGACCUCAGUGUCCGGGCAGAACGAUGGGGGUGGAGACGCUCCUUCCCUUCAGAUAUACUGGACCGAGAUCAUUUAGGGCUUUAAAGGUCAGCACCAACACUUUGAAUUGUGCUCGGAAACAUACUUGGAGCCAGUGUAGGUCUUUCAAGACCGGUGUUAUGUGGUCUCGGCGGCCACCAAGUCACCAGUCUAGCUGCCGCAUUCUGGAUUAGUUGUAGUUUCCGUGUCACCUUCAAAGGUAGCCCCACGUAGAGCGCAUUGCAGUAGUCCAAGCGGGAGAUAACUAGAGCAUGCACCACUCUGGCAAGACAGUCUGUGGACAGGUAGGGUCUCAACCUGUGUACCAGAUGGAGCUGAUAAACACCUGCCCUGGACACAGAAUUGACCUGUGACUCCCAGGCUAUGCACCUGGUCCUUCAGGAGCACAGUUACCCCAUUCAGGACCAGGGAGUCCUCCACACCCGCCCGCCUCCUGUCCCUCCAAAACAAAAAUGCCACAGCUUCCUCAGCACUUGGCAAUGUAGCAGUGACUAUGACUACUACCUGGCUUGGACAGACCAGAAGUGGCUUUUUGGGUGGACAAGGAGAUCUGAAGUGGCUGCUGGGAAACUUUGUUGCCGUGACAACAUUCUGUGCUAAAACAUCUGACAAGUUAAUUAGGUGUUGUUUGAAAUAUUUCCCUGUGCCAGCCUUGGAGUCAGUGCUAAUUUGUGUGCUUGGAAGCCUGACACGCUUAAACUGAAAUCUUUUUCUCUCUCAUUUCCUUGUAGAGGUAGCAUAUUGACCUGCUAGGUCCUGACCUUUCCUUUCCACCAGAGGGCAGCAUAGCCAAUAACCACUUCCUCCCAAGAUGGCGGAUCAUGCCAACAACUUCUCCUGCUACGACCCGUCCAUUGUUGGCUACCGCUACGUGGCAGUGAGUUGGGGCAUUGUGGUGGCCAUCGUGGGCACCGUGGGCAACGCGCUGACCCUGCUGGCCUACGCAGCUGACGCCAAGCUGCAGACACGCUUCAACCUCCUCAUUGUCAACCUGACUGUGGCGGACAUUCUGUACUGCACCUUCCUGCAGCCCUUCUCGGUUGACUCCUACCUCCAUCUCCACUGGCGAGCAGGGGCCGACUUCUGCCGUGUCUUUGGGAUGUUGCUCUUUGUCUCCAACUCCGUCUCCAUCUUGACACUCUGCCUCAUCGCCAUCAGCCGCUACCUGAUCAUUGCCAACACCGCCCUCUUUGACCGCAUCUUCUCCCGCCUCGGGACGAUGCUCAUCAUCCUGGGCACCUGGGUUGCUGGCCUGGCCAGUUUUGCGCCGCUGUGGUCCGUCUAUGUCUUAGUGCCCAAGGUGUGCACCUGCAGCUUCCACCGCCUCCGCGGACGGCCCUACACCACCAUCCUCAUGGGAUUCUACUUUGUGGUGGGUCUCAGCUGCGUCGGGAUCUUCUACUUCCUCAUCCACCGCAAAGUCAAGAGUGCCGCCCGUGCCAUGGACCAAUACAAGCUGAAGAAGACCAGCUUGAAGAAGGGCCACGUGGCUGGUGCCAGUUCAGCCGCACCGGGACGAUACCAAGAGCUUGACAGCGGAGUGGACAGCGCAGGUCCUUCCCAGCACUCCUGUGAGGCUCAGUCCUCUGAGUCGACUGCCAGUACCAAUCUCCCAUCAGCUUCCCAGAAUGGCGAAGCACCUCCUAAGAAAGCUACUCCGUGCCAGGCCAAGGACAGCAACUCAGAAUUCCGCCGGGUGACCCGCAUGUGCUUUGUGGUCUUCCUUUUCUUUGUCAUCUGCUACAUACCCUUCCUGCUAAUCAACAUCUUUGAUGCCAAGAACCGGGCUCCAACCGUCUUGCACAUGAUCGCCGCCAACCUUACUUGGCUCAACAGCUGCAUCAAUCCAGUGCUUUAUGCUGCUAUGAACCGCCAGUUCCGUGAGGCUUACAGAGACGUGGUCUACAACUUCGCAAAGAGGUUCCGCUGCCACCGCUAACUGGGAGCCGGGCCACUCUCCAUCGCCAGAGGAGGGAUACGGUCUUCCCACCGACCCUGGUUUGCCCUCAGGGCUGGAAUAUCGCCAGAAAGCAAAAAAAGCUAACUGGGUUUUCCACACUGGACUAGAUUCCCAGUUCUUUAAUCCAGGCCUUCACAUGAUGCGGGCCCUGUUCUUUUGCUACGGUAUAUUAUUGUAAAUUGUAUUCCAUAUUCUGUUGUGGCACCUAUGGGCAAUAGGGAAAUCAGACUGAACUGGUUUAAUGGGCCCCGCCUUUGGCAUAUUGUUGAAGCUGGUGGCGAGGCCUCCCUUCUGGAUUACAGAAAAACUGUUUGGACUUGCCAAGCUUCAGAUACGAAAGCAAAUGUUGUACCUCCACAAAGUCUCUCCUCCCUGGACAAUCCAGUUUUAAUAGGAGCUAAGAGGCUGCAGUGCCUGGUCUGCACUUUGCUGCUGAUGGGUUGCAUCCAAUGCCCAAUGUAGCUCCAUCGAUUUCAGUAGGACUAGCCUUGGAGACAACCCUCUCUCUGUAUUUUGAACCAAUCUGCUUUGUAAAUACGUAUUUAUAUUUAUCACAGCACCACUCUGUUGACAAUUCACCUUCUCAUGGAUCUGAUCACAUGAUGGCAGCUCCCUCCAUAAAUGCUUUCACUGGUUCGCCACUGGCUCCCAGGUCUUGCAAAAGAACUUUGUCUUUGCCUUCAAAGCCCUCCAUGGCUUUGCCUUUCCUUAUCUCUCUGCUUGUACACCCAGGCAGCCCAGUCAAUGGUCAGGUGAGAUGGGAGUUGUUGUCCAACAACACUUAGAGCAGCGGUUCUCAACCUGUGGGUCCCCAGAUGUUGUUGGACUACAACUCCCAUCAUCCCUGAGCUCUGGCCUUGCUAGCUAGGGGUGAUGGGAGUUGUAGUUCAACAACAUCUGGGGACCCACAGGUUGAGAAAGGCUGACCUAGAGGGACACAGUGAUCCACCUGUCUAUAGCCUUUGCUGAUCCAGCACCACUAUUCCCAGCUAUCCAAUAAUCUUUUCGCCCCGCAAAUGGCUCCACCUGUUCUCCCUGGCUGCCCCUCGUGUUUGGGACUGCCUCCCCAAUCACCUCCAUGAUGGUGCCUCUUUCUCUCCUUCAAAUCUCUCUUUCAAACUCCCAUCUGUUCCCUGAAAACCUGCACAUGCUUUGUACACAGCUUGCGCUCAGUCAGAUCAUUGGUCUCAACAUAACUGACACCGACUGGCAACAGCUUUCCGGGUUUCAGACAGGGGAUAACCCCAGCAGUGCCUGGAGAUUCCAGGGAUUGAAUUUGGGACAUUCUGCAUGCAAAGGAGAAAGAAAAAUGUAACAACCAGAACCUCACAUGGUGGUUUGCAUCAAGGGUGAGAAAAUUGAGUUCUGCUGGGAUUCCUUUUUCUAUAAAAGCUUGAGUCCCUUCAUUUCCCUCCUGUACAUCUGGUCUGCUUUCAUUGUCCCCACAUUUGGACAUCAUAAUUUAGAUCAUUUCAAAACCCAGUAUACCUGCACUAUGUAUUAUAUUGGUUGCUGGCCUAUUUAGAAAAUGUUUCACUGUCGGAUUAUGGCAUUUGCAUAAAUGUUGUCGUUGUAACCUUGAAAUAAAACGAUCUAUAAUAAUAGCU